CUAAUGAGAGAGAAGAAUUUGACGCGUACCAUGCGUACAAGCAUACAUAGGAGAACGGCAGUUGGAGUGGUUGGAAGUUACGAGUAGAGCACAAUACACGUCAGGUUCUUAUUUUGAUUCGUGGAGGGGGCUCACCUCGAGGAAACGGGUGGCCAAUUCGAAAGGAUUUGCCAGGAAAGUGCAGGAUACAGAUCUCCAAACACAGAUUAAACAUGAUACGCGCUGAAAAUGGAGAUGUUGUAUAUUUGGAACAAUUAAAAAACCCGAUAGAGAGUGACGCGACAGAGAAGGCAAUGUCAAAAAAGUGCGAGGGGCAGCUGUCUUCAGUAAAGGCAAACAGCUGUUCGUCCUACAAAGGUGCAAAUCGUACGACAGAAAUGGCGCAAGAGGACAAUAAUCUGUGCUGGAAUAAUCUGCCCAGCAUUAUCCUACAGGAAAUAUACUCAUAUUUAUCUCACAACUGCCGGUUACGAGUAUCUCAGGUCUGCAAAAAUUGGAGAUAUGCUCUGUUUCAUCCUCAUUUUUGGAAAAAGAUCACAUUUGUUUUGAAAGAUGAAGAAAGUGCAUCAUGGUCUCGAUAUUUAGCAGACAAUUUUGAACUUAGUGUGCAAGAAGUUACAAUCAUCUGUGAUAUAUCAAAUUAUUGUGCAAAAGAAACAUUAGCCCUCUUGAGAAAACUAAAACAUAAUAGACAACUUCGUAAAUUGUUUUUGAAACCUAGUAAUAGUACCUUUGAAUGCGAAGAUAGUACAAAAUGCACUAAAGAAUUGGUAUCUUCUCUUAUAAACAUUAUAAAAAGAUCUGAUCAUUUAGAAGCUUUGAGUUUGGGAUGCAUAGAAGAUUUAACAGGAAAUGCCAGAUUAAUUCUGGUACAUUUACGUAACUGCCAAGCAAAACACUUAACAACUCUUAGUUUGGCAUCUGUUAAGGAUGAUCCUGAUGAUUACAAUGCUUUGAAUUCUGGUUAUGGACAUAUGUUCAAUUCAUUCGCUAGAUUAUCUAUUUUAACAUUGGAUUAUGAGUUCCUAAGUGAUUCUUUACUAAAGGCAUUGAAUAGCGGUACAAUGGAAAGACUUGUAAUUCACGUGCAUGGUUGGCAUUAUCAAUAUACGGGACCAACUGAUAGUAGUUGGCAAAUUUUUGUUCAAAAAAAUCCAAAAUGUGAGUUACGAUUAAAUCUAAUACACUCUUAUGUUGGAAUUGAGAAAUUAGAUACAAAUAUACUUCGUCCUUCCAUGCCUCUUACACAUUUGAAAGUAUUAUUUUGUGAAACUGUUAAUAUCAGAGCAUUGCAUCGGCUAUCCAGAUGGUAUUCACGUACUUUAAAAUCUUUAAUAUUAAUUGAUUCAGUGCAACCUACAACAAGAAAUAUGCCAGCAACAUAUGAUCCAAGUUAUCCUCAUAGCCCUGAUCCAUUAGUAUUAGUUGCAUGGAAAUGUACUAAGCUUGUGGAAAUUGUAUUAUUAGGCCACAAAUAUCAUCAGGAAAACUUAUUAGCCAUUGCACGUCUUCGGGGACAUUCGCUUAAGUCAUUAGUAUUUGCACAAAGAUUCAUUACAUCUGGCAUUGAAUCUUGGUAUAAGGCUGAAACUAUCACACAUGAAAUAAAAGAAAUAAUGGGAAGCCAAUGGGAACCAUUAAGUGAUGCAGAUUUACCUACAGUUGUUAAAAAUCCUCUUGAUGGUGAUAGCAGGGAAGUUAUCAUGCCAUUGGUCCUUCGCGACCAAAAGUAAAUUCUAAUUUAUACCAAGAAAAGAUUACUCCCCGAUAUCGUACGCUACCGAUCAACAUCAUCAACAAUUUCUGGGCGAGCUACAUUCUCAGAAGUAAAGUUAUAAAGUUAUAUCCUUUAUUUUUCUAUAAGAAUUGUUUUUACGAGAACUACGGAUGUAACAUCAAAUGGUGGACAUGUAUAAAUUCGUAGUUUAAAGUCAGUAAUUGAUGGAUGCAAUAUUACCUGUCAGGUAAGGAUCACACAGUUCCAAUAUAUAAAUAGCCAGGGUAAAAACGCACAUAAGUUCUCCUUUACAAUGAUUUUAUUAAUUCUCAUGAGAACGCGACAAGCCAUAGUUAAGAACGUCUUUCUUGAUUCCGUAAUGCGAUAUCUAAAUUAAGUACGAAUCAUCCCUAUUUUUAUUUACCGAAAUAGAUUGAAACAGUUUUCGUUGGUUUUUCCAUGGAAAACUCCUCGUGAGGCAAUUAGUUUAUGGUUAAUAGUGGUGGUUUCAUAACGAUCAAAAUAAGAAAAAUGUAACAUUUAAUCGUUAAUGAUCGUUCCUCUCAUCAAUGAAUAUAUUAAUGGAAAAAAAUAUUAUAUACGAGUAUAAUAAUAUUCUUGAUAGAUAUUAAGAAUAAAACAUUACAAGACGAUACGAAGAAGAAGGCCUCGUCAAAAUGGACCUUCGAUAUGUCAUAUACUUGUUGAUAUCAUGGGAAAACAAUUAAAAAAAUAUGUUACUAUCAAUGAGAGCUGAUCAUCGUAUCAAACAAGAAAUGAAAGAGAGGCUAAACAAGAAAAAGGAUUGAUCUCACGAUGUUCCACAGGAAAGCAUAACGAAAUUCCAAAUAUAUGUAAGUAGAAACAUGUUAACAAAUAUUUUUCCAAUUUUAUGGGAAAUAUAUAUCAAAGCGAGCGCCAAGAACAUGCAGUGUAAGAAAGAAUAAGUAAAUGAAAAAAUAAAUAUAAACUUCGUGGAAGAUUGUUUGCAAUCGAGUUGCACAGAUAAUACAAAGAUGCACUCACAAAUAAAAUGAAUAGCGAUCCGAGGUUAUUUUUAGUACCAAAACCAAUCGGACGCUUUUGUACAAAUAUUAAAUGAAUAUAUGUCAAAAGGAGUGCGGUUAAUUUGAUGGUACACAUUUGGUGGUAUCAGUUAAAUACACAUCAAACAUGUACAUCAAGCAUUCAUAUAUCGUGUUAAAGUAAAAAAAGGGGAUAUUGAUGAUGUUAAUAAAAAGAAAAACUGUAUGACCUUCAAGUACCGUCUUUUCACCGUACUCUUAGCGACUUUAAAAACGAACACAAUUAUAGUUUAUCUAUAAAAACAAAUCAGAGGAAUUAGCUGCUAAUCGUGUAUGUGUAUAUGUAUGUAUAUCUGUAUUAUCUAUCGAAUUUUAAACGUUAAUAUUCAGAUGCCGCAUGCAUCUAUUUCUAUCGUGCGAUUAAUAAUAACGAUUUCGAAAGUGAAAAGUACGAAAAUUAAAGAAAAUCCACAACACAAAGAAAAAUACCAAAACAGCACUCGUAUACAGUUUAUUAUUCUGAGAGGUUAUUUACUUUUUUCGAGUCCUUGUAUAAUUAUUACAUCGUCGUCUAUUGUACUUGUAGUCAUGUGUACCAUUGUUUUUUAUAUAUGAUUCUGUACAUAUGCGUUUAAAAUAUUAGACACGCGCAAAUAGCUAUUACGGAGUUGCGCCCGAAUUUAAAACAAAUAAAAAAAGAAAAGAAACGAAAAAAAGAUGAAUGAUAUGAAGAGAAAAACAAUAUAUAACUGUUUAUUUGAGAAAAUAACAAAAGUAAAUCGAUUGAGAGCUAGGCACAAAUAUGAGAAAAUUAUUUCUUUAAACGAUUUAAAACUGUUAUACAAAAUGAAUGGGCCUUAACCCUUUAACAUAAACACGGCCGAGGCUGGGUCAAUUCUAUUUUUAUGAAAAUUACUUUCUUUUAUUAUAUAUAUAUAUAUAUAUUACAAACAAUUUUAACAAUUAUUAUAUCCAUUUCUGUUUAUCAUUAUUUUUUAUUAUUGUUUUUAUUAAAUAAAAUAAAUAAAUAUGUUUUUUUUUCAUAUUUUUCAAGAUAUUACAAGAUAUAAAAAUUAAUCAUAUAAAAAAAAUAACGCAAAAUAACGAAAAUUACAAAAUCAAAUAUAUUUCACAACAUGUCAUUUUUCUUUAAAAUAUGAAAUUCUAUAUUAUUUAUCUUUUUUAUCAUUCUUUACCUUAUUAUUAUAAAAUAAUCAUUGGAAAUGAUCCAGCAACCGCCCAAUAAGGGUUACUAUGUAUGUAAUGUACCUGAGUCGCGGUAACAAUAAAUUUGCCGAAAAAAAUUUGAUACGCGAUAGCCAUCAUUAAUGAAAAUAAUUGUAAGAUAUCUUAAUAAUAAUCAUUUUUCGGCAAUUCGUUGAAACAUGUGCUUAUUUUUCGCCAAAAAAUGACUGAAAGUUAAGGUAUGCUCGUGCCCUUUCAUUUAGUAUACCGUGCGCGCAUAUUUUUUAAAAAGUCUUACGGAACUGAUGGUUAUUCGUUAACUACAAAACUCACGAACCAUUGUUCGGCAAUCAUUGACGCUGUGCAAACGGACUAAGUGUUAUUUACUAAGUCUUUUUUCUCUUUUUUUAAAAUCCUCCGUACAUUUUCGUUUUUACUUUUAUUAUUAUUAUUAUUAUUAUUAUUAUUACUAUUAUUUUAUUAUUUUUUUAUUAUUAUUAUUAUUAAUGUGAGACUUGUACCCACAAGAAUUUGUUGUUAUUAAUAUUAUUAUUAUUAUUAUUAUUAUUAUUUCUGUUGCUGCUACUACUACUACUACUACUACUACUACUACUACUACUACUACUACUACUACUACUACUACUACUGCUACUGCUACUAUUACUACUAUUUCUACUACUGCUACUACUAUUAUUACUACUAUUACUACUACUACUGCUACUGCUACUACUAUUAUUACUACUAUUACUACUACUAUUACUACUGCUAUUACUCUACUGCUACUGCUACUGCUACUAUUACUACUACUACUACUACUACUACUACUAUUAUUAUUAUUAUUAUUAUUAUUAUUAUUAUUAUUAUUAUUAUUAUUAUUAUUAUUGCUACUAUUAUUAUUAAUAUUUUUAUUAUUAUUAUUAUUAAUAUUUUUAUUAUUAUUAUUAUUAUUAUUAUUAUUAUUAUUAUUACUAUUUAUUAUUAUUAUUAUUAUUAUUAUUUUGUUUUUAAAUCAAAUGAAGUCCUGCAUAAACAGUAUACUCGCGGGUUUGAUCCCCGACGUGUGAGUCUAAAGAGAGAGAGAGAGAGUAAGAGAAAACAGUGUGAAAGAACAUAUGAUGCUGCGAAAUAACGAUAACGUAUGAGAGAGAGAACAGAAGAGAUGAGAUGCGUUCGAAUGUGAAAGAACGGAAUUUAUCCAAAAGUGAGUGAAAAUAGCAACAAAAAAUCAAGUGAUACGUACCAUCUCUGCGAAUCCUGUGUAAAAAGUCAUGUAGAAAAAAAAAAAAACGGCAUUCGUGCGGUCCGCUUAACCAAACGGACACAUCCUAAUUACACGCAUAUAUCGAUAUAAACGCAAAAUGACAAACCAAGUAUAAGACUGAACCUACCGGGAAAGGUAAUAACCACAGUUAAGCGAUCCGCACAUCUCGCCACGUCUGACCUCAUAUUCAUAAAACAAGGAUGAUCCCGACUAAGCGGAAAGCAUCGUUCGUGAUUCAUGAAUUCCAUCGAAACGAAUAAUUGUUCACAUCGAUUUUACCUAUUAUCGAUAACACUUGCUUCGAUUGUUGUCUAACGAUUUUCUUCCUACUUCAUAGCUUUCCGUUUCAGGUCGCGGCCCUCAUUGAUUCGCCUUUGAUUGAGUCACGCGAAUAUCAGUUUAUGAAUAUGCGCGUCUUAUAAUAUAAAAAAAAAAAAGGGAUGGUGCACCAGCUAGUGUUUAGAUCGGAUAAGCUCCUUGUGAAAAAAGAAAAAAAAAAUAAUGAAAGCUCACUCGAUGGUGGUUCUCAUAGCCGAUAAAUACUAAUCAUUAAGACAGCCUGCCAAGAAUCAAACUAUUGUAAAAUAUCAAACGAACGCUAGCCAGUACAGAAUGCUAAGAUCUAUUUUUUAAGAAGCGAAUGUAUAUUUUUGUACUAAGGCAGGCCUUAGUGUGAAUCGUAUUUUCUUGCGCAUAAUGGCAAGACGAAAGCUGUGAUCAUAAUAUCAUUUCGGCUUAGCGAGAGAUACAAUGAAAGAAAAAUCGUACUAGGAAAAGAAAGGGAAUAUGAAAAAUAGCAGAAGUAACGCACGAUGGCAUUUACAAGAAAAGGGAUAAUAACAAAUGUGUUCCUUGCUAGUGUUAUACCGAGUGGGCUAUAAAUAAAAAGGAAAUCGAAAGAAUAAAACAUCUGUGAUAAAAUAUAAAAUCUUAGAAAAAGGUGCUCGAAAAAAUGGCGAAAGAGAACAAAUGAAAAACAAGCUUAUGUUAAAAAUAUAAUAGAAAAAAAAAAAUUUGAAACAAAAGGAGAGAAUAAUAUAAGUAAAGAUGGAACACUGUGUGUAUUAGAAAAACGAUACGCGAUAUGAAAUUCCUACUAUCAAGAAAAAUGUUUAGAAGUGCUUUUAGAAGAUCUAUGCGAAAAAUGUUUGUCGUAUAUGACUAAUCGAUGGAGAUUGUCUUUUAAUGAGAUAGCCCGGUCUAACUAUUGUAGUGGGUACCGUCUUGUGAUAUCCUUAAUUAAAAUGAACAUACUUGAUCGUCAUGUGGGUUUUGAUGAACACUUGCACUAUUAUCCGGACAAGAAACAUUCGAUCGUGGAAAAUAUUGUUCUUACGAAUUUCUUCGUGUUUGCAGUUUUUCGAGUAUAUUCUAUAAUUUUCGAGUAUAAUCUAUUCCUACUAAACUCUAGAACGUUAUUUAAACGAACAUAACAUUUCACUUCUCUGUCUGUUAUAUAUUAUAAUUAUAGUAUACGUAUGCGUGUAUAAUAUAACAUUAUGAUUAAUUUCAAGCAAACAAUAAUUAUUAAAUAAUGGUUUUUUAACAUGUGAAAAUCCGAUUGAAAAAAACAGUGCAAUUAUAAGGGAAAAAUGUAUACGUAUACGUUAAUGUAUACGUAAAUUCUAUCGAUCAAACGAAAAUAUAUCGAAGAACGAAAGACUUGGUUUUAUCAGGCCCACGUGAUAAUUCAGGAUAAAAUCAGGACGUUGUAUAUCACGAAUAGUAUUAUAAGUUCCUAAAGGAAAGAAAAAAAAUUUUACAUCGUUUUAAAUACGAUAGAAUGAAACCGAUAUAACGAAUAAACCAUUCAUGCGAACAGGAAAAUAUUCGGUUCGAUGUAAGUUCAUUCGUUGAUUCGUUUUGUUUUAUGAGAUUGUAAAACGCUUCUCAAACAUAAUAACUAGCAAUUUUUUUCUUUUUCUUUUCACACACACACACACACACACAUACACACACAAAUUCAUUCCAAUCGAAAGAAACGGGUGGUAUAAAACAUAACAGUGAAAAUGAAAAUUGAAAAGGAAUGCUUUUGCGUUGAAUGGAGAAAUUAAACGGGAAAGAAAAACUUUCACGAAAGAAAAGAUAGGAAGUGUGCAUAUGCAAUCAUUUCAAUAUCGAUAUACAAAUCAGUAAAUUCGACUGAUAAACACGAAAACGCGAGUUUAUAAUUUUACAUGAAAUGCUUAUAUACUAUAUGUUGAUCAUUUUAUUACCAUUGUAUAUUUCACUAAAGAAAUAAUCGUUUUGACAUUCGUCGAGAAAUCGCACUAUUCAACAACUGAAACAUGAAACAUGAUAUUCUGAAAUUUCGCGCGCUCCUCAAUCGAUACGUAAAAAAAAAAAAAAAAAAAAACUAGAAGAAUAUUUACCAAAACACCAUUAGAUACUUGUACAUAUAUAUAUUAGUUAAGGGCUGAAAAAAUAAAAAACGCGGGCAAGUUAUUUUUUAUUAUCGAAUUGCGAGAUAAGAUGGAACGAACUUCGCUAAUAAAAUAUGUUCUGUGAGAAUAAAAAAAAAAAAAUAAUAAAUAAAUAAAAAUAAGAGAGAAACAUUUUCGAAGUGAAAAAUGAAAAACGUCACCAGGCCCAAAAUAAAUAUUGUCUCGUAAUCGUUCGUUGAAACUCUUUUAGACGCGGGUAUAUAUAUAUAUAUAAAUAAUGGAAAAAGAGAGAGGAAGAAGACAAAAAGAAAGAAUAUUUAAUCAUGAUAUUGUGAAUAAUUGUGAAUCUUAUAUCACGAAAUCGAAAUUUUCGGAACAGAAUAACGUUAUGACGCGUCCCGUGCCGAACAACGAUGACCCUGAAAUAGGAUUAUUUUAUUAGUUUCAAAUUAGUAUCGUUUAUUAUCGAUGUUGACAAUUGUCGAAACAAAAACGAAAUAUUACAUAGCAUUUUUUUGAGCUACUAAAAAUAUCUAUGAAAACGCAAUAUAAAAGAUUAUUUAUCCGUAGGAUAAUAUUUAACAUUAUUUGAUAUAUCAUUAAUGCUACACAAAUUUUUUCAAUUGGGAUAUCGAAUUAUCACUUUGCACAUCGUGUUAUAUAUUUCUUCAGCAAAAAUAUGUAUGUAAUUCCAUUGAUGUUCAUCGUUUCGAUGAAUAUUUUUAUUUCAUGAAAGAAAAAAACUCUGGUAAUUGUUUCGACCCAAUACGGGUAUACACAUUUUUCACGCAAAAUAGACGAAUCGGUUUCGUUUUUACCGAGUAAGCUCGAAUUACUGUCACAUCAGAGUUUUUUUAAUAAGAAGUAUAUAGUAUAUAGUUUAGUAAUUACAAGAUAACAUUUAUUUUUAUCUCUGUUGCAAUUCGAUUCUCAAUAUCGCACUGAUAAAAAUCUGCAUUUCGUUUACGACAGGGAUUUAUCUUAAUUGAUAAUUUAUUUAAUUUUACAAAUAUAAAUGUUUAAAUCUUUCUUGAAAGAUAUAACACAAAUGUCGUAUUAUUCGAUUCUGUUACGGUUAACAGUUUAAUCGGUGUCGUCGUAGUUUUCUAAGAGUACUGUGCACGGUAUGCUAUAUACCACGGACCACCGCAUACCAGUUAAAGUGUUAAAUCGGACAUUUUCACAGCAUGAUUUCAGAUUAAAAUGGAAAACCGUAAAACGUGAUGUUACGAUGAUGAAUUUUACGAAUAAAAAUGUGGCCUCUGUCACACAUUAUACAUACACACUUUUUUAGUCGUUGUAGAUACUACAUAUUUCAAUCCAUUAGUGCACUUCGAAGUUUCUCAUAUAGAAUUCGAUACAUUAUUAUAAAAAAAAAAAAAAAAAAGAUACGUGUAACUUUGUAAAUGUUCUCUCUGAAUACGUUCAACAAAAUGAAAAGAAAGUUGUAUAAUUCUUCGAAUGGAGAAUUUGUUCUUCAGUCGUGCAUUAAUUUUUCUCGAUGUUCAGGCGUUAAUGUUUAUAUACAUAUAGUAACGACAUAUACAUAUAGUUAAAUAGUAUUUCAAUCGAGUGAAACGUGUAAAAGCAGGCUCGAUAUUAGAACGCAUUAGGAGGAUGAAUGAUGUUUGAACUUGCUGUUUUCGAGAUGAAGCGUAUCAAGUGAAUUACGUAUAGUGCACCUAUUCCAUUAUUUUUUCCGCGUUGUUAAUGGCGUUCUAAUGCCAUAUCAAAUCAUAAAUUUUAACUCGUAGUUUGACAGUUCUUAGACCUUCCAGAUAUCUCGUAAGAAAAAUUACGAUAAGCGUAAUACAAUGUUACACGCUUAUUUCUUCUUUGAUAUUUCAAAUUAAUAUUUGAAUCCUUUGCGUUUUCUUUUCCAAACAUUCAGUUUUCUAACGAAUGUUUAUUAUAAUAUUAUAUGAUACAAUUUAUUAUAAUAUUAUAAUAUUACAAUUUAAUAUCGAAUUCAAAUAAUAUUUAGACAAUUUUUUUGAAGAAAUAUCAAUACAUAAUUCAUAAAAAUUUAAAAUACAAAAAACAAACUUAAAUAAUGCAAUGUUUUUUGAUGCAAUCUAAAAAUCUAAUAUCUAAACAGAGAUUCAAAGUGGGGGCAAAGAAAUCGAAGAAAGUUACUGUUAUUUAUGAUUCAUUGUGAAAUGUCAUCCAAAAAGGAACCAAUUUCCACAUACAUAUAUCUUUGUGUAUUAAUAUAUACUUAUAACAUAUUGUUUUUUAAUGUUAUUUUAUUAUUAAACGAUGAGAAAAUUAUCGGAAAAAAUAUAUGCAUACAUGUGAACGACGCUUAAGGGUCGUUUCUUUCAAGUCCUCAAGGUUAUUACUCGAAUUUAACUUCGCAAAUUGACUGUAAAACUCACUGCGUUUACACUCGUAAUCGAAGCUUGCAGCGCCACGAACGAGCGACAUUGUAAACGUCGAUAUCUUUAUUAUUAUAUCUAUUAUUAUACAGCGUUUUAAAAUCCGAAAAAGAGUAUAAAGAAGUUUGUUGUCUAUUGGGUUGAUUAUUUUCUAAGAUAUAAGAUCAAAUCUGGUAUUCCAUUAUGUUCUUGGUGAUGCGAAUAGUCUGUUGAGAGAGAAUGCGUUGAACAACAGGUGUUAUUUAUGCUUUAUACAAUUGAAUUCUCACUAUUGAAUGCCGAAUUAAUCUCGCAUCAUAAAUUGAACAAACUAUUAUAGUUAUUAGAAUUAUUUAAUUUCUAAUAUUUCAUCAAUUUGCAGUUGUUUUUUAUAAACAAAAAUAUUUUAACAACAUUUAUAUAAUAUCAAGUGAUAUUCAAAUACAGGUAUCUCAGUAAGAUAUUUGACUCUCUCAGUGUCAAAAUAUUUAGUUGCAAAAUAAUUCGAUAUGUAGGAAUUCAAUAAACGUGUUAUUCAUUGUCUAUACUUGUUAAACGCCAAUGAGUGCAGUUUACAGUGCAUAUAGAUAAGUUUGUGAGUGUGUUUCUGCUGUUAUGAGAGCGCUCGACACUAAGAGAGUCUAUAGAAUCUAACAAAACGUCAUGAAAAGCAAAUUAAUUGAAUUGCGGAAGAGGAAAAGACAUAAUAUACGAUCUUAAUCUAUCGAGAGGAUUUUCGAUAUUCCAUAGUGCAUCGAAUUUAUUCUACGCGCGACUAUUCAUGGGAUUAUAAGUUAAAUAGAGAAUUGUCAUUGCAACGUUUUACUAUUGUACAGGCAAUUAUUGACAAAAAUUUAUCAACUACAAUCUUUUAAGGUCCAAUUUCUUCGUUUUUAUACAUUUAGACACUCGUUUAUUAAUUAAACUUUGUGUAGCAAUGUGAAAUAGAAGAGAAACAAAAAACGGAAUCCAUCGUGCGUUAAUUAAAUUACGAUAUAAUAUAAAGAAGCGAAAGUUUACGAAGUGUGGAAAGCAAUUAAUAUCGGAAUAUAUCUAUUCCGGCUAUCGAUGUAUAUACAUUGCCGCAGAAGGUUUACGAAACUGAUUGUAUAUUCGUUGGUAUUUAACAUGGUACCUGAUUUUGUAACAUUCUCUUCAUGCGAUCAACUCAGUGACAAAGUAGGCGCGAAUUAUUGGACAACGAAAAGGUCGAAAGACAUUUCAACAUUCAUUUGUAUAGAAUACAAUAUAUAUUAUAUAUAGAUAUUUAAUAUAUAUAAUGUAUAUUAUAUAUAACUAUACCAAAAUAUACACAUAUAUUUGCAUGCAUAUAUAUAUUUUGCUGUGAAAGAAUAUGUUCAACAUUUGUUUUUUUCAUUUUAUAUAUUUUAAUGAAUCAUUUCAAAAUGCACAAAAAUAUCGAGGAUAAUAAACAAACAACAAAUAUGAUUUAAUAUAAAUUAUAUAUAUUAUUUAUAAAUAUAUUUUUUGAAAAAAAUUUUUUUUUAGAUUUAAAAUUUUUUUUCAAAUAUAUUUUUAAAAAUCGAAUACGAUUUUUGUCGAAUUGUCAGUUGUCUGUAUAUUUAUUUAACUCCUUUUAAAUGAUAUAAAACAGUGACAGCUGCGCGGAUAUGCUUAUGAUAUAUUAAGCAUACGAUAUAUAAAAAUUGAAAAUAUGAUUUUUUCCGAUCUGUUUGCAAUCUAUUGCAGCGAAAUAUGUGUAUUUGUAAAUAUUUUCGUGUAUUGCAUCUGUUGUCUUUCCGACCAAGUUGCAACAUCUUUUCCAGGCUUUUCCUAUCAUUCGUGACACAGGGAUUUCCUUUAUAUUUUUGGUCUGAAGAAAUACAACAUUUAAAUCGAUGCAGACCAUACCUUGAAGAAAAAAAGAUCGAUUUUUUUCGUAAAAAAUUCUUCUAUUUGUUACGAUGAUGAUGGUGACAUAACUGGAAAUUAAUUUGACAAAACAAGAAAUGAUCAUUGGAACGAUUUUGUCACGAACGAUGGAGAUCAACUAUUUGUAACGCAGCUGUAUCGUAAUUGUCCACAAUCGUUAAUGACUGUCCAUUUCUGUUAAUCUUUGUCUUUUUCUUUCGUAAAUAGACUACAUAACUGUACAUGCAUUUGUAAUGUGCAAAAUCGUUAAUACUGUCGCGUAAAGAAGAAGAAAAUAUCAGUAUUCUUUCAACUUCAACAUAGAAUUGUACACCGGUCUAUGAUUUUUACAUCUUCAAUUAUAAAAAUCAAAUGUUUUCUUAAGUAUCAAUCAAUUUUUAAAAAUGUAUCGAUCGAUUAAUAAAUUGUGCAUGGCAUAAAAUUCUGUUUUUAUCUAUUAACAUCAAUCUAUAAUCAAUAAGAAAAAAGUAAAAGAUAUAUCAUUACUAUUUAUUACUAUUAUUUUAUAUUAUUAUUAUUAAUUAUUAUUUAUUUUUAAUAAUUUUUUCUGAAAUAUUUUUAAAAUCUUCUUUGGAAAGCUAGUAAUUUAAAAAAUAUUUUAAAAAUUUAUAAAGUUUCAAUUUAUAAUAAUUAAUCCGUUUAUUAUAUUUUUUAAUAUCAAUUCUUAAUUGAUAAUGUUUCCGUCUGUUAUUUUUUGCAAGUUUAAAACAUAUAAUUAUCGUGAUAUGAAUAGACGUAAUGACGAAAUACAUUUUUAAAUCUAAAACUAGAUAAUACUAAUAUCUAUAAAAAAUAUCUAUAAAUUUGUAUUUACGUAGUAUCAUUAAGUAAUUAAUCAUGUUAUUUCAAAUAUAUCGAUAUCGAGGUGAAAUUUCUCAUAGAUCGAUAAUUUCGUGACUGUUACAAUUCAUUUAAAGCUAUUUUGAUUUGAAAUGCCCUCCAAUAUGUCGUAGCCGUUGUCCGAUUGGUGGUUACCGGUAUAAGUUUGAAAGAGAAGGGAAUGCGCAGAAGCACGUGGAUUUGUUUAGACGACUGUCAAGCCCCUUUCGUAGCGCAUUUACAAAGUCCGUGGGGUGCUUCCGGUAAGCCCCGUAGCUGGCGGCGCUUUCCCGACAAACGAUACCGGGGGCCAACGGGGGCGACAAGAUCCACUGUCUACUUCCCUCCCCCCUCUUCCCGGUCAGUCGGCGUCCCUCUACCCCGUCCUCACUUUCCCCACGACGUUACACCUCCGAUGCAGAGACAGAGACAGAGACAGGGGCAGGGGAGUGACGACGGCGACGAUGCCCGGCGAAACGAGCGAUGGAGGAGGGGAAGACAUCAACGGCGGACAAGGCCGCCAUAUUGAAUCACUCUCGUUAAUUUUUGCGCAGAGGCGGUGUGAAUUUUUUCUCCUUGCGCGGAAGGUAGCAGCUCAAGGUUGUGUCUGGGAUUCACGAUCGUGACAAUCGUUUACGCGGUUACCGUUGGUACGCGUCAUCCCUCCGAGCUGUAUGUAUUGUUUUCGUGUUGUUAUACAAACUAAGUAAAGUGAAAAUCACGGUAAACGAUGUAUGGAUAUGCUACGCGAAAAAAAUUCAUGAAAACAUGCGGAAAUCGUGCGUGCACGAUCGCGAGACAGUGAAGUGUGCCCGUGAUAGGGAGGGAUACUUGAGAGAAGUGAAGUGUAUGCGUACAUUGACUGCGGUAUGUGGUGUGCGCCAUGUCAUUGUACGUAAGCGAUAGUAUAGAGUAAUAUAUCGCAGAAUGAAGUGAAGUGGAGUGGAAAGCGACCGACCACUUUGCCUACCUAACUGUCUACCUAAUAGCGUGCCUGCCUGCUUGCUUGGUUGUUGCAGCCUAUCUACUAGUCUGCCCAUUUAUUCGUCCACUUUGUGUAUAAUUGACUUUAUCAAAGCGAUUUACACAAAUUUGGACCAACUCUUGAUUGAUCUCUUCUCAGGUACGUGAGUCUUCCUGAAUGUGGGAGACAUAGGCAUGUGUGGGGGCCAAAACACUUCGUGCAUCAUUCCAGAGAAGGUGCGAUUAUCAAUGUAGUAGCAAAUAUGUUGUGCACGCGGAAAUAUAAAGAGUCGCGUGUCGCCGUGUUGUGCGAGCUGGCGUCACACGUUGCCAGUGAGCGUUCAUGUAUAGCUCGUUCACACAUUUGAGUUUUACAUUUUCAAUUGUACGUUUGAUUAAUUACUAUCAAAUGAUUUUAAUUUCUUUCUCUUAUUGUCCGAAUAAUAAAUUCUGCUAUUUUUGUUUGUAAUUUGAUAUGAUAUUAAAAUUAUAUUAUAAUAUAUUAUAUUACAUUGAAAAUAAAAUAUGGAACAUUGAAUUGAUAUCAA